CUUUUCCCAGCUGUUUCUUUCUUUCUUCGUAUCCAUCUUCCAUCUCCUCGAUCUCUCUCUCUUAAUCGUCUAGUCUAUAUUUGAGAACUGAGAGUAUGUUUGUUUGUUUUUCUCCCAAGAAAAAAAGAGAGAUGAGUUGUUUCAUCUUGUUGGCCGAGAAAGUUAUGAAUGUUCUUCUCUUCAUCGCCAUCUUAUUUGGAAUUUUCGGAUCAAAUGCUCAACUCUUACCCGAUGAUGAAGUUCAAACAUUGCGGACGAUCUUCACAAAGCUUCAACACCGAUCAGUGAACAUCGAAAGGACUUCUUGUUCGGACAGAAAUUCGAAUUUCACUUCCGGCGAAGGAAACCGUACCAUCAUCUGCGACUGUACUGUAAACUCCACUUGUCAUGUCACUCGAAUAUUUCUUAAAAGUUUAAGUUUGCCUGGGAUUUUCCCCCCUGAGUUCGGGAACCUCACACGUCUGCUAGAGAUAGAUCUUUCUCGGAACUAUCUCAAUGGAACAAUACCUACGACCUUGUCUCGAACCCCACUUGAAAUCCUGUCUGUAACCGGAAACCGUCUCUCUGGACCAAUUCCUCCUCAACUUGGAGACGUUACUACACUUACUAAUUUGAAUCUAGAAUCUAAUUUACUCUCAGGAGAAAUUCCUUCAAGCUUCGGGAGAUUAACAAGUUUAAAUAGCUUGCUUCUCUCUGCAAACAACUUCACUGGUCAACUCCCUGAGUCCUUAAUCAAUCUCAAGAACUUGACAAACUUUCGGAUUGAUGGGAACUCUUUAUCUGGGAGGAUACCUGAGUUUAUUGGAAACUGGACUCAGCUUGAUAGGCUUGAUCUUCAAGGCACAUCAAUGUCAGGUCCAAUUCCAGCUUCAUUCUCAAACUUGCAGAACUUGACUCAACUGAGGAUAACCGAUUUGAAUGGACAAGCCUUUGAUUUUCCAGACCUGCGAAAUAUGACCAAUAUAGAACGACUGGUACUAAGAAACUGUUUGAUAAGGGGACCUAUCCCGGAUUACAUUGGUUCCAUGACUAAGCUAAAGACACUAGAUUUAAGCUCAAACUUUUUAACUGGUCCAAUUCCAGAUACAUUUAGGGAUCUGGAUUAUAACUUUAUGUUUCUGAGUAAUAACUCAUUAUCAGGUCAACUUCCUCAGUUCAUCCUAGACAGUAAAGACUCGGUGGACUUGUCUUACAACAACUUCACUCAGGCACCUUCUCGUAGCUGUAGUAUGCCUGAUAUUAACUUGGUCUCCAGCUACCCGUCAGAAACAGCUAACUCUGUUCAAUGGUGUUUGAGAAGGGAUCUUCCAUGUCCCACAGAAGCCAAACAUUCCUCUCUAUUCAUCAACUGUGGAGGAGAAGCAGUGGAGGUUGGAAAAGACACGUAUGAGGAAGAUUUGAACAAUAAAGGAGCAUCAAUAUUCAUGCCUGUUAGUGAUAGAUGGGGAUACAGCAGUUCUGGAACUUGGAUAGGCGAUGACACAGUUCCCUAUUUAGCAACAGACGACAGAUUCAACUUGUUAAAUGAAUCGGUUCCACAGUAUUACAAAAGAGCACGUCUCGCUCCACAAUCACUCAAGUACUAUGGACUAUGCUUGAGAAGUGAGAGUUACAAACUGCAGCUCCAUUUUGCAGAGAUAAUGUUCUCUAAUGACCAGACUUAUAGUAGCAUAGGGAGACGAAUUUUCGACAUUUAUGUUCAAGGGAACUUGUUGGUGAAGGACUUUAACAUAGCAGAGAGAGCAGGUGGAGUUGGUAAGCCAUUCACACUACAGAUUGAUAGGGUUCAAGUGAAUGGAAGUACGUUGGAGAUUCAUUUGCUAUGGUCAGGGAAAGGCACAAACGUGUUACCACAACGAGGUGUUUACGGUCCUCUCAUAUCCGCUAUAACCAUUACACCAAAUUACAAGGUUGAUGACGGAAAGCCAUUGUCAAAUGGAGCUGUUGCAGGCAUUGUAGUUGCAGCAUGUGCGGUUUUCGCCUUGCUUGUUCUAUUAAUCCUUAGGCUUACAGGUUACUUGGGUCGAAAAGAAGAGGAUGACAAUGAAGAGCUUAGGGGACUUGAUUUGCAGACAGGAUCAUUCACAUUGAAACAAAUCAAACGUGCUACUAAUAACUUUGAUCCAGAAAACAAGAUUGGUGAAGGAGGUUUUGGACCGGUUUAUAAGGGUGUACUUGGUGAUGGAACAACCAUAGCAGUGAAGCAGCUUUCAUCAAAAUCAAAGCAAGGGAACAGAGAGUUUGUGACUGAGAUUGGAAUGAUCUCAGCCUUGCAACACCCUAACCUUGUGAAGCUUUAUGGUUGUUGCAUUGAAGGGAAAGAGCUUUUGCUUGUGUAUGAGUACUUAGAGAACAACAGUCUCGCUCGUGCACUCUUUGGUUCAGAGAAACAAAGACUUCACUUGGAUUGGGCAACAAGGAAUAAGAUAUGCAUAGGGAUUGCUAAAGGGCUAGCUUAUCUACACGAGGAGUCAAGGCUGAAGAUUGUCCACAGAGACAUAAAAGCGACGAAUGUGCUUCUUGAUCAGUCUCUAAACGCUAAGAUCUCUGACUUUGGUCUUGCUAAACUCGACGAAGAAGAGAACACACAUAUCAGCACAAGGAUCGCAGGAACAAUAGGCUACAUGGCUCCUGAGUAUGCAAUGAGAGGUUACUUAACAGACAAAGCAGAUGUCUACAGCUUCGGUGUUGUUUGUUUAGAGAUUGUUAGCGGGAAGAGCAACACAAACUACAGACCAAAGGAAGAGUUUGUGUACCUUCUUGAUUGGGCUUACGUCUUGCAAGAACAAGGGAAUCUCCUGGAGCUUGUGGACAUGGAUCUCGGCACAAACUUCUCCAAAAAAGAAGCGAAGAGGAUGUUGAACAUUGCUCUGCUCUGCACAAACCCGUCUCCAACGUUGAGACCACCAAUGUCAUCUGUUGUGAGUAUGUUAGAAGGGAAAAUCAAAGUGGAACCACCGUUGGUGAAACGUGAAGCUGAUCCAACUGGUGCAGCUGCGAUGAGGUUUAGGGCGUUUGAGCUUUUAUCACAGGACAGCGAGUCACAGGCUUCUACCUUUGAAAGGGAUAGAGAACAGAAAAGCUCGUCGUCGAUGGAUGGUCCUUGGGUUGACUCUUCUUUCUCUGCGCCUGGCAAAGAUGGUAACGUGAAACAAGAGGAAGAAGAAGAACGUUCGUCAUCAUCGUCAAGGAAACUUUUAGAUGAGCUUACCGAGGUGAAGGUUGAGUAAAGAACUCAAGAGCAAAGAAGCUAGCUUGGAACAAGGAGAACGUUAAUUAUAUUUGUCAUGGAAACUGUUGAAUGAAACAAAGAAUUGUAUAGAUUCUUUUGGUAUUGUUUAAUCAAGAUUUCAAAAUGCACUUGCCAUUAGAGACCUUCUUUCAGUUUUGUUAAUGCUGUUGUGUAAUUCUCUUUUUGUUUACAGAGUUUGAUUUUAGUUGCCAUUAGAGACAUUCUUUGAGUUUUGUUAA